UCCUCUCACUCGUUACCAAUUUGGCAAUAUUCAAGUGGUUUUUGGCAUUGUGUUCCUCUUGUCAUGUGCGUAGAAGAAGAUUUGGAGUCCUCGGAUUACUCUUCAGAAGAGGACACUGAUUCCAUCGACUCAUUUCACACACUGCAAACCGAGAAGGUGGCUAGGAAAUGGGCAUAUAGCAUACUCAUCUGUUACACCAUCGCUGCUGUUGCUUUUAUGACAAUCUUCAUCCUUUGGUUCUUCAAGAAAUCUGGACGGCUUGCACACCUUGACACGGAAUACCAAAACUGAAUAUUUAAAUUCAAUAUGUUUUUUUUCCAUUUAAUAUCUAUUAACAGUUAUUGAGAUGGAUUAUGAUGAAUAUGGAAUUUUUUAAAAAAAAUAAGACGUUAAAA